AGUUGUUCUUUUAUAUACUGAUAAAAUUCUUGCUGUAUGAGGACGCAUCUUUGCUAGUCCUGUGCUGGUCACUGAUCAGACAGUAUGUCGAAAUAUGUCUGCUGAGAGAAGACACGUCUGGAGAAUAGACCUGAAUGUACGCUACAUUAAUUUUGCCGAUGACAGAAAUAUCAUAGAAAGUGAAUUGUACAGAACGAGGUCAAUAUGAAUCUCUAGUCGCCGCCGUGCGCCUGCGCCCGUCUCAAGGAUUCAAGAACAAGUGACCAUCAAGGAGGACCAUCGAGUCAUUGAAAUCGAGAACAGGUGUAUCCGGACACCUUGCGCACUGAAAGUAAAAAAAAAAUCUUCAAUGUCCCACUGCAAAAUGCCGCGCACUCGGCAGGCAAUCGAUGACACGUGUUGCAGACGACACGACGGCUAGAUCUUGAGCACGUUCUGAUUCGUCUUGAGCACAAUGGCCCAAGUGGGCGCGAGCAGCAGCGACGAAGAGGAUAAGCAGAGAGCGAGGGAGGGCGAACGGGAACGAAGGAGAGAAAAGGAGAGAGGGAGAGUUGCUGAAGAGCAUCGUUUACAUGGCGCUACGCGCUCCAAUGAGUGCAUCACGUCUAAGACCUCGAAGACAACGUGACGACGCUCGCCACCUUCUUCUGCCGCGUUCCCAUAGUAGGUGCACGAGGUGCACGGCGAGAUGACAAUAGCGCGACACGUAUGUGCACGUCGAUAGACCGUUCUUGACGCGCGAAACCGGUUCCAGCCGAAUCGCCACACUUCAAAGGCUAAUGCUGAAGCAGCGAAAAGGCGUGCGAGUGAAAGUGAAGUAAUCGAAGGGAAUACGCAAGCGAGCGAGCUGGCGGCCUAGUCACGGGAACGUCUCUCGCGUCCUCUUCUUCCGCGCACCGGGAACAUGAUCGUGGAGACGCGUUCGUUAUGAAGCCUCGUCUCAUUAGCUCGCUGACAGUCAGCUAACCUAAAUCGCGCGACAUCAUAGUCGAUCACGACGACAAGGCGUGACGGUGAACAGAGUCUCUUCGGUGAACAGAGUCUCUUCCAUCUCUUCGCACUAUGGUCGACAAGUUUGGAGAUGUGUGCAGGCUGUGUCUGGAGAAGAGGGACGAGAUGAUGCCGAUCUUCGGCAACGAGAGCAUGCAGCGCAAGGUGCCUCAUAAGCUGCGCGGUUGCCUGCCAGUGUUGGUCUACCGAACCGACCCAUUGCCGAAACAGAUCUGCCAGUUUUGCGCGGCCAGGCUAGACGACGCUUACGAGUUCCGGGAGCGUUGUCUGGACGUCUUCAAGAAAAUGUUCAACAUACUACUCAAGUCCAAACAGACUGAAUCGGUGCGGGUAUUUUUGGACGCGAUGACGAACUCACAAGACCCAUGCCAGGCGCAACUGUACAAAAAAACAUCCAGAGCACCACCGCCUUUGGUACCUUUGCCAAACUCACUGCCACUUGACAAUUCAUUGGCUCCAGUCAACCAGAUUAGUCAAGACCAGCUACAGAACACCUGCAUAGAGAGCCUGCCCGAAUUACCGUGCGAGGUGGAGAUCAAGGAAAUGACUGCGGAUACAAAUCUGAAUGACCAGAUCGCUGCUUGUGAACCAGCGAGUAAAAGGCCCAAGUGGUUGGAGACAUACAGCACAGGUAUGCGAACAGCAACAAAUACAGUUCCUACAUUUGGCAUGGAAGAGGAGCAGGCGUUCUCCAAGGCGGAAUACCAAGCGAGAAAGGAGGAAAAACGCACGAGCAUCUUGGAACAGGCGUUGACUGGUAAUCUCACGUUGAACAAUAUGGCAAAGAACAAUCUAACGGUGGGUCAUCGACAGAGACUACACACCAAGGCGAUGUUAACUUCUGAAUGGUGGUGUGCGCCAUGCAACAGAUAUUUCAAAUCAAGGGAGAGUUUGGUGAAACACAUGCAAGUGCUUUGUCCGCGGGAAUUUACUUGCAAAAGAUGCUCCAUGUCCUUCGAAUCCGUGGAGCUCUUGGCGAGACAUGAAGCUGAAAUUCAUCUGGAAGUGAGAUUGGGCUCAGUAGAAAACUUGAACGAUUGCGACCAGUGUGAUCGACAAUUUCUAAACUGGAGCAUGUUGAGACAGCACAGAUUGUGCUAUCAUUUGGCCGAAUUGUCUGAGUUUUUUGAUGGAGAUACACGGUGUUCAUUAUGCAAUAGGUUCUUUCCUACUGUACGAGCUUAUCAAGACCAUAUGCAGUUGCAUCAAACGAACGACAACUUGGUAUUACCACAAAGACCAUUUUCUGCAGAGCCUACAUUUCCAUCAAAAGUAGCGGAACGAACGGGAGAAGUUAAAAGGAUAGAUCCAUUCUACGAAAACGCGAAAUCCCUCACGUGUCCUACAUGCGGAAAAGUUUGCACAGCGCAAAGCGCGCUAUCGAAUCACAUGCGCACUCAUAAGCCGAAGAAAUAUAAAUGCAAUUUUUGCGGCCGAUUGUUCGGGCUUCUUAUACGGCUAGCGGCGCACAAAAUGUCGCAUGACAAGCAGGCGGAGGUAUCGCCAGUAAUGUCGGCAGUCGAGCAAGAAGAGGCAUUAAACGCUGAGAGGGAAGCGAGGGAAGCGAGAGAAGCCAGAACUCGCGUCAAUAAAAGAUCCUUUUCUGAGAUGAUGGAGAAUCGCGAUACUUCACCGGAAGAUGAGCCUGCUGAGUUUAAAAAGAUAGCAAAAUGCGGGAUCUGCUCGCAAUGGUUUGGCGACCAUACGACGAUGCUGACGCAUCUCCAGACGCACUCGGACAAUUACAAUUGCAGGAACUUCACGUGCCAUGUUUGUAAAAAAUCGUUUAAAGAACAAUGGCAGUUUGUCAGGCACGAAGCGAGUCAUAAACGCGCCGAUAAAGCCGCAUACACUUGCAACAGUUGCAAGAAGUCCUUCAUGGAUAAGUCUCUGUACAAGGAACAUCAGAAGACGCAUAUGGUGAAGCAAACAUAUCUCUGCGCGAAAUGCAAUAAGAUCUUCUUCAAAGAAGUAUCACUGCUCACUCAUCAAUGCACAGGCGCGUUAGAGAAGAGAGCCGCUGCGGAAUCCGUGCAGAAAACGUCGACCCACGACAGCAAUAAGAGACACAAACGGGACGCGUCCUUCUCGUCGCCGUUGCCGUUGCGAAACUCCCACAUGAGGAUGCACAACAACGACGCAUACGGCAAUAACAUGACACAACAGCGUGAGAUCAAAAUCGAAACAGACGACGAGUCGAUGCCAAAAUUGAGUCCAGAGAUCUUGGAGUACAGCGUGCCUCCCAUCAUUGAACCCAGAAUCGAGAUCAGCGAGCAAAGCGCGCCCCCGCCUUUCAAACGGACUCUCAUCAAGACAACUAAUGGAUAUCGGUGCGGCGUGUGUAAAUCGCCGUUCGUGUCGAGGGAUCUAGCUGUGGCGCAUUUGAGGUCAGCGCAUCCGGUAAUGCCCUAUCAGUGUCCUUAUUGUAAAAAACGCUUUACGACGCAGUACAUGUUCACUCAUCAUAUCAAGACCGAGCACCCCGAUGAACCCGAAAAAUGAAGACCAUUCGUACUUUUAGCUGCAUGAACCGAUCGAAGAUGUAUCACGAUAUGUGCCUCGUACUAUACAUGAGGGUGCAUCUCUCAUAGUACAUGCAUGCAGGGCGUUCAUCAAAGGAACUUCAAAUCAUGAAAUGAAAUUUACGGUGAACACCCUGUAUAUAUAGUAUAUCGGACUUUGACUCCAAGGCCGAGAUCGAUGUGUCGUUUUGUUCACAAAUGUUGAACAGAGGAGUCCUCUAGUGCGUAACCGCAAGCGCGUAAACGUUGAAAUGUUUGUUGUAUGCGAGGCUAUUGAUGCUAGUACUUACGCUGAUGAACGUGCCUGUACAAGUGCUUUGUUUUAGUGUUAUUGUAAUACGAACGCGCGGCUAGUCGCGUACAGGGAGUGAGAACGUGUUUCUAGAACGACGGUAAGGCAAAUUUAAGGCGUAUUAUUUGUAAAAACAAAAAUUUAGAUAGUUACAUAAAGGUUUGGUCGGCCACUGAACGACCGAUAGGAGAUUUUAGUUACAUAA